AUGAUUGAAACCAAAUACAGAGAAGGCAGGGAGGUGUGUGAGUCGGAACUUAAUGUGCUGAGACGAGUGCGUCAUACAAAUAUUAUCCAGCUAAUUGAGGUCUUUGAAACACAGGAGAGGGUAUAUAUGGUAAUGGAAUUGGCUACAGGGGGAGAACUUUUUGACCGCAUAAUAGCCAAGGGCUCCUUCACAGAACGUGAUGCCACUCAUGUGCUACAAAUGGUUUUGGAAGGGGUUAAGUAUUUGCAUACUCUUGGGAUCACACAUAGAGACUUAAAACCUGAAAACCUCCUAUAUUAUCAUCCAGGAACAGAUUCUAAAAUUAUGAUUACAGACUUUGGUCUUGCAAGUGCACGAAAAAAAAGGAGAUGA